AUGGCAUCUCUGUUCUUCUUUAUUAAGAAGGAAGAUGGGAGCCUACGAGCAAUCCAAGACUAUCGAAAGCUUAACGAAGGAACGGUUAAGAACAAAUACCCAUUGCCAUUGAUAAAUGAGCUUAUCAAUAAGGUCAAGGAUGUGAAAUACAUCACGAAGCUUGACAUUUGCUGGGGAUAUUACAACAUUCCAAUUUGCGAGGGCGAUGAAUGGAAGGCGGCGUUUAGGACGAAUUUAGGCUUAUUNACGGUUAAGAACAAAUACCCGUUGCCAUUGAUAAAUGAGCUCAUCGAUAAGGUCAAGGAUGCGAAAUACAUCACGAAGCUCGACAUUCGCUGGGGAUAUUACAACAUUUGGAUUCGCGAGGGCAAUGAAUGGAAGGCGGCGUUUAGGACGAACUUAGGGUUAUUCGAACCAAUGGUCAUGUUUUUCGGAUUAUGCAAUGUGCCGGCGACAUUCCAAGGUUUCAUGAACAAUAUCUUUCGAGAAAUGAUUCAUGAGGGUAUCGUCAUCAUUUACCUCGAUGACAUCCUCAUUUUCUCGAAUGAUUUGGAGGAACAUCGCAAACGCACUAAACGAGUCUUUGAGAUCCUGCAUCAAAAUAGACUUUUUCUGAAGCUGCAGAAAUGUGAGUUCAAGGUUGAUACAGUUAAGUAUCUCGGACACAUCAUCGGUAAUGGCGAGGUUCGGANUCAAAACGGACUUUUCCUGAAGCCGCAGAAAUGUGAGUUCGAGGUUGAUACAGUUAAGUAUCUCGGACACAUCAUCAGUAAUGGCAAGGUUCGAAUGGACCCGAAAAAGACAACAGCGGUUCAGGAGUGGCCAAUCCCGCGAAACGUUCAUGAACUGCAACAAUUCCUGGGACUAGGGAAUUGGUUGCGGCAAUUCGUAAAGGACUAUAGCUCUGUCGUUAAACCCCUGACGACGCUGACGGGUAAGGUGGAAUGGAAGUGGGGAGAGGAGAAACAACAAGCAUUCGAAGAGUUGAAGGGUCGGUUGAGUAGUCCCCCGGUUCUAGCCAUCCCGAAUGAGGAGGGUCCUUUCCGGGUCGAAGCAGAUGCGUUGGACUUUGCAUCUGGAGGAGUGCUUNCGGUUAAGAACAAAUACCCAUUGCCAUUGAUAAAUGAGCUCAUCGAUAAGGUCAAGGAUGUGAAAUACAUCACAAAGCUCGACGUUUGCUGGGGAUAUUACAACAUUCGGAUUCGCGAGGGCGAUGAAUGGAAGGCAGCGUUUAGGACGAACUUAGGGUUAUUCAAACCAACGGUCAUGUUUUUUGGAUUAUGCAAUGCACUGGCGACAUUCCAAGGUUUCAUGAAUGAUAUCUUUCGAGAAAUGAUUCAUGAGGGUAUCGUCAUCAUUUACCUCGAUGACAUCCUCAUUUUCUCAAAUGAUUUGGAGGAACAUUGCAAAUGCACUNCAUGA